AUGGGUCGGCCAAGAGUCUCUCGGCCCGCUCAUAACACCACCUCAACGGGUGCCGGCGACAGACAUGCGAAGCAUACAGCUAAACGACGGGCGGUCCGGUCCGGACAACAACGUACCACCAACAACAACUUAACGCCCGUUGAACAUGUGGAUCAUGUUGAUCCGGCAUCUAGUGAACCUCCCGAGAACCCUGAACCCGUUCUCGGCCUUCUGGAUCCUUCCAUUCUCCCUCAAGGUACAUACGCACGCAAUGAGCCUGCACUCGGAGACUGGCAGGUAGCGCAAGCUAAGCCCUGGUCAGCCAUACCUGGAGAGAAUGUGGACUGGUAUUUACAAUUAUAUUCUUCCGACUUCACCAAUCCACCCAACGACGACGUGACAGUUGGGCAUGCCCAAUCAUAUAAUCCAGUGGACCCCCGACACCGAUACAAAGGAGGGGGUUCAGAUCACUCCGAUUCUGGGAUGGGGAUGUCGGAAAAGGCAACCCCGGUGAAGAUCGGCAUGGAUGAGCUUCUGCGGUUGCAGUGCCAUUUGAACGCUCUGUUGACAGGCGCGAGUGAAUCAGCGACACCCCACCAGCCGGCCCUGGAUGAAGUUCUGGUCGCAUGUAAAGAUCUGUUAGAGUUGCUUCCAGGUCGCCAAUCGGACUCCAGUGGACCACCUACUCCCGGGAAUCCUGUGGACAACUCUUGUCGCCCCGCAUUAGACCCACUGAGGAUAAACUACAUUGCUGUACUGCAGGUAGCUACGUCUUACGCAUAUGCCCUGCAGCUGCUGGAUCUCGCCGUUGAUAAUCUCAAGCCCCAAGCUGGGAACUUGGCGCUAGUCAGCUUGGGCAUUUUCAAUCUUGCGUCACAACCGGCAAUGAGCACUUCCGUGAGGGCUUACAUGAUCUUCAACAUGGUUCAUCAACUGCGCGACGCUAUCAGCCUCCUGACGCCUGAACACGGGGGAAGGCCGUCAUCCCAUCUAUCAUCCACAGACGGGUCACAAGUAGCCACUACAACAAAUUCGAUACAGGCUGCUGUGUAUAUGGUGUAUGAGAUGGAGACAUCGUUACUCGAGAAGUUGUCACAAGUUAUGAACAGUCCAUAG